AUGCGAAUGCAACUAUUAGGACUUCAAGAUCUCAAGAAAGGCUCAAACAAACUGUUUCGUCGAUAUAAAGAGUUCAGUCUCAUCGAGGACAAUGGCAAGUUAAAGGCAGGCCUAGAUCCGAGCGAUCGUGAACUUUGGGAUACGAUAGAAAGAUUUGAGAGUUGUUUCGGAAAGGAUUUAGAGUUCGAUACAAGCAAACAAGUCAAAAGUCUUACUAUCUUGAGUACUUUGCAAGAUAUUCUCAAGGAUCCACCCUUUGCACAGAUAUCUCAAACGCACAAAGAUGAGGUGGACUACAAGCCCCCAGUACCUGGGCCAAACCACAAACAGAUAGUCGAAAAGGCCGAAGCCACAGUUGUGGGAUUCUUCAAAGAAAAGGGCGAGUCGGGUAGAAUUCGAAGGAAUCGGCCGAUACAGGAGAUUGUCUACGAUCCAGGACCUACGGAUGUCGUUGGAACAGCCAUCAGGAAUCUGAUUGACAUGACUAGGAGAGGAUCAAUGCGCUUCAACAGCAAGCUCUACGCCAAGGAGAACUUCAGACUCGCCUGGGUUCAUUUGCCGUCGACUAAUGAUUUAUUGACAAGAAUUAUGUCAUACGAACGUUACCGCACUCGCGAAUACUAUGAAGUCGGGUAUUUCUUUCGAGACAGCUGGGUGGAAGUACCUGAUAAAGAAUCUCGAUCCAGAAUGAUGAGGCCCCGGUCUGUAAUCAGACUAAUGAAUAAUACGACCGACUUUGGGUGGGAAGAAGGUGUAGCUUUGGAAUCACUCAAGAACGGUGAAAAAGAGAAACAAGAGGCUGAUAGAGGAGGUUCAGAAGCAAGGGAGGAGAAGGAGAAAGACUCAACAAAGAUCGAGGCCGCAGUCGCGGACUCAGAGGAAGAUGAACAAAAGGUCUACGAUGAUUGGAACUCCAAGUCUCUUCAGCCUGUUAAGAAGCCGCAUGGAUUUGUACCUGCAUCUGCUAUCUAUAUGCCCUACCUUAGUUACUCAACUCACUGUCGACAUUGGGACAACAGACUAGUCCCGGAGAACCGAGAGCUGAAAGAGUCACAUGACCAUUACGAGGAACUACAAGAGAAUUACAAAGGCAAGGAUAAACAACAUCAUGACUCGCCGACACUUGAUGAAUGGUACUACCAAUUCGCACAGGAGGAUGGUGAAGCAAAAGUCGAUCAGAACAGUAGGAACGAGAGUCAGGUAGUAAGCAAGUAUCUGAAAGAGAACCCACAGACAAGGGGUACUAGUAGAACGAGGGAGCCUAAUCAAUGGACAGUAGUGCGAGUCAAUCAGCUCUGGAUUUGGACUAUUUCAAAAGCCACUCGAGUUCAUGACGGCAGGCCGUUACCUGGGUGA